AUGCCCACCAAACUGAUGAUGGUCUUUGUCGUCAUGGACCUCAUCUUCGCCGGAUGUGGAGGAUUGUUACUGGCCUUCUCUCUGAUAUCUGAGCAGACGAUGCGGGACUCGCCGACGCUCGACAAUGUCACACAACAUAUACUGCUGGGCCAGUGUCCGUUGACAGCUGGCGUCGUCAACGCAAUCUUCGUCUUCGUCACCUUUUUGCUGUCCCUCCCCGCCCUCUUCCUACCCACUAACAGAGGCUGGCUCCGCGCCCAAGGCUGGCUGGUCGUCUUCUGCGCCACCUUUACGCUUGGACUUGGACUGACCGUUUGGGUGGAAACGCUGCAAAUCCGUCGAAAUCUGAGCCUGCUUUGGGGUCGCGAGACGCCCCUGAUUCAGAGCCUGCUACAACAAAAGUUCGACUGUUGCGGCUAUGUCAACUCGACCACGCCUCCAUUUGUCCAGGACAGCACAUGCCUCAACACCCUAGUCGCCGCGCAAAAAGGGGGCUGCAUCGCCAAGUUCUCGUCCUUUGCCAACAGCUACCUCGACCAAAUCUUCACGGCUGCCUUUGGCAUUGUCGGCGUCGACUUCAUCUUGGUGCUCUGCGUGGCCAUGGUGCUCAAGUACAGAUUGGAGCAGGAACGGUACAGACAUAUUGAUCAGAAGAACGGUCUGGGUGGGAUUUAG